UCUUACAAGGGAAAUGAUCUUCGAAACGAUACAAAAGUGUCAUUUUCACCCACUAUUACAAUCUAGGCGUAUAAUGUAGCGAGAGUAGGACAAAUAAUUUGUAGUUGGGGAAACCAAGGCUGCCAUCGCUGUGUUACGAGCUACUGCUGCUUUUGUACAGUAGAGGGUGUGUCGUUGUCCGAGUGUUUAGUCACUGACUGCAGUUUACGACGUAACGUGCUGCUGAUCGACAUAUAAAUAACACUUUUUACGAGGUCUUUUUUUUUUGUCAGUUAUGUCUAAACAAAUGUCAAAUUGCCUCAUUGUAGCGUUAAAACAUUUUUAGCAAAAAUCGUAAUACAGCAUUUUCUACCGUUUAUAAAUGGUGAGCGAGCAUCCAAUUUUUUUUUACAGAAUACUAGAAAAGCUGGGACUCAAAUGUAUGGCUCAAGACAAGAGGAAGGCCCUGGAGGAGACCAAGUCGUACACCACCCAGUCUCUGGCGAGCGUGGCUUACCAAAUCAAUGCCUUAGCCAACAAUGUGCUCCAGCUACUGGACAUCCAGGCGUCGCAGCUACGACGCAUGGAGUCCUCCAUCAACCACAUCUCCCAGACGGUGGAUAUUCACAAGGAGAAAGUUGCCCGUCGUGAGAUUGGCAUCCUGACCACCAAUAAAAACACCUCCCGCACCCACAAGAUCAUCGCCCCGGGCAACAUGGAGCGGCCCGUGCGGUACAUUCGAAAACCAAUCGAUUACACACUGUUGGAUGAUGUGGGCCACGGAGUCAAACAAAAUGGGAACAAUGCUGCAGGACGAGGAGGAGGGACACUGUCUAGGACAAACCCACCAACCCAGAAACCCCCGAGCCCCCCAAUGGCUGGCCGCGGUACCUUGGGGAAUUUAAGGAUGGGUUCGACCUCCCUGGAAGACAGCAUUUUUUUGGGGGUGGGAUCUAGGCGCAACACCCCUUACAAAACGCUGGAGCCAGUGAAGCCUCCAGUGGUGCCCAAUGACUACAUGACAAGUCCAGCCCGACUGGGCAGCCAACAGAGCCCCGGACGUACAGCCUCCCUCAAUCAGAGGCCCCGGACACACAGUGGCAGCAGUGGCGGUAGCGGUGGCAGAGAGAACUGUGGAAGCAGUGGCGUGGGUGUCCCCUUGGCGGUCCCGACGCCUUCUCCUCCCAGCAUGAGCCAAGCGGCGGCAUCUUCUGCGUCAGUGCCACAAGGUCCCGGGCUGGGUCCGAUCCCCAUGUCCCAGUUUGGCACCAUCUCUCGUCAGAUCUCACGUCAUAACUCUUCCACCACCUCCUCGGCCUCCAUGGUGUCAGCCACGGGGACGUAUCGCCGCGCUCCCUCUGUUUCUUCUCAGCAGCCUCAUAUUAACGGGGGCCCAGCAUUCUCACAGAAUUCAGUCUCUGUGGCUCCUCCGCCUCCCCCGAUGGUCCAGCUGACCCCACAGAUCCCUCUGACUGGCUUUGUGGCCAGAAUGCAGGAGAGCAUAACAGACAGCCCAGCCCCACCUCCUCCGCCUCCACCCGAGGACAUGGGUGUGUUUGAGGAGCCCUCUCCCCCACCUCCUCCUCCUCCUGUCGACUAUGAAGAAGAGGAAGCCGCAGUUGUCCAUUACAGUGACCCCUAUGCCGAUGGAGAUCCUCACUGGGCCCCUAAGUCCUAUUUAGAGAAAGUUGUGGCCAUCUACGACUACAGCAAGGACAAAGAGGAUGAGCUGUCCUUUAUGGAAGGAGCCAUUAUUUAUAUUAUCAAGAAGAACGACGACGGCUGGUUUGAAGGCAUAUGUAACGGAGUCACCGGACUCUUCCCGGGAAACUACGUCGAGUCCAUCAUGCACUAUGCUGACUAGGGAAAAAUAAAAUAAAACUCACCAAAAAUGGAUUCUAAGGUAAAACAGUGAAGGUGUACAGAUGAAUGUGGCUCUUGCAGCUCUCAUCUCCCAUUUUGAAUGAAGUGCCAUGGCAAAAUGUUUGGAAACGUACCAUUUCGGCUUGAGAAAAGCACAAUGGCUGCUGAAGCUUUUAGAAGAGCUAUUUCUGUAGUUUACAACAUGAAGGGAGGAGAUAAAAGCAUUUCAGCAGCAAUUUUUCAUUCCAAACUUCAACUAUUUGCCUCGUCAGACAUGAGAAGGCAGAAUAUUUUUAAAUGUUUGAGUUCAUAUGUUAGUGCAACACAGCCAGUAUCAUAUUUGCAGUCCAGUUCUUCCACAAAGUGUUGCAUCACUGAGAGUGAAACUUACCGUUGUGUUGCUGUGCCCUCUUGCGCUGUAUACCCACAGACUGGCCACGUGGUUCCCGCUACCUGAAAAUCCCACUCUACCCUAUCAAGAAAAAAAAAAACAAUCAUUAGCACACGACUGAAUGUCUAACUUGUUUUGUCGGACUCAAGCGAUAUUACAGAGGGAAGAAAGCAACAUUACUUUUUAGGGAUUUAUUAUGAUAUUACCUAAAACACUGAAAAUGGUUUAGUAGAUCUGCUGUGGUAAACAAAACCUCCUUUUAUUUCUGUCACUUUUAUUUUUUCGCGUGUGUAAACCUGAGCUUAUCCUUUUUCAUGAGUGGAAGGCUACAUACUGGCCACUCAAUCAAAGGACAGAUGCACCUAGCACACAUAUUUUUCAAGCAGGAGGAAAUAAGACUAACCUGGAUAAAAACUCACAAAAGCACAGGAAGAACCCAAUACACAAAAGUCUGAGCCACAUUGAAGCCCAGAACUUUUUAUUGUGAGGCAGACAUACUAGCCACCUCUGUAACCGUGCCACUAAUGGAUAAAUAACAAUAAGUUAACAAAUCUUCUAAAAUGUACAAUACACGUUUUCUAAUGUUUUAGAUGAUAUUUGUGGGAUCCCUUUAAAAAUAUUCAACUGGGUGUAUGUAGAAUCCCAAAAUAUUCUGCUCUCUAACUUGUACAUAAAGUGUGACGUGAGAUGCUAACAGUACAGUGCAUUUGUCUGUUUUUUUUCCCCCUAGUGAAUUUCCAUUUGUUUCAAUGGAGGUGGUGCCAAGAGUAGAUUACAUAUUUUAAUUUGUUUCACUUGAGCAUGAAUUAUUUUUUCAUCGGUCCAACGUGUACAGUGAAAACCGUCAGUCAUCGCCGCUGCAUAUUGCUUAUGUGCUGUCCAGACACUGUAGCAAAUUUGUUUCGUCUUCAAGUGUAUGUGUGCGUGAGAUCAUGUAUUUUCUGCUGUCGUUUUCUUUGACUGCAUCGGACUAGUCCACAAUCUCACACACUUGUUUUCUGCUGGUGUGUGUGUGGUGCUUUAUUACAUCGGUGCUUAACAACAGUGAUCAUCAACCCAAACAACCUCGAAUCAGAAGAGAAAUGUAACAAGGUUGCCUUGUUUGUCUGUUUUUCUUUAGUGGGAGAACAAUCAGCCAUUUUGAUCGUAUCAUCGUCUCUGCAAUGCAGUGAAUGUAGUUACUGUAGGAGUGGCGUGAUUGACAACCAACAAACUGUAUGGACAGAAAUAUUGGAACACUUUUCUUUUCCAAACUCUUCCCACCAGUUGGAUGUAUAGAAUUUCAGAACCAAGAGCUGAAAAAUGCCUGAGGUAGCUUGCUGUCUGAUGCCAUGAUACAAUCAUUUACGACAGUCAACAUCAAUGAGUACACUUUUGAAAUUUUAUCUCAUGAAUUGGUUAUAUAGCAUUAGUCAAUAUGAAUGCACAAAAAUGACUGCAAUAAAUGACAUAUUUGGGGAAAAAAACAAUUCAAAUGGUCAGUUUAAUAUUCUUCUAAAAACAAAAUUACGUUAUCACUAAAAUUGAUGACGUAAAACAACAACAUGCUGCCGAUUGAGUAUUCAUUCAUUUACGUGCAUGAACGUUUGUAAACAUUUCCUGUGAAUACAUCUCAUUUAUGAUUGUACUUUUCCAUCAUGCGGUGACUCGGGUGGGGGAACUAAAAUGACUUUUCUAUGUAUUUCUAACUUUGCAUUCCACUUGUUUUUACAUCCACUGUUGCUUUGGAGUAGCGAACAAACGUUUGCUCACACUUUGUAUGUAAAUGAUUUAUUUAUACUUUUUCAUAGAGAAAUCAUGGGUCAACCACUAAUGUGCAGAAAUUUGUAAUGUUUAUCACAUAGCGUCAUUUCAGGGCAUCACAUAGUCUGGAUGCCGAUUUCUUUUUUCUAUGUGUGUCUUUCGUAUGAUGGGGAAAAAGGUUGGUAACUUAAGUGUUUACGAGAAGAAAACCGAAUAUUUGUCUUCUCUCAAUUUGUACAUAGGAUGUGUUCAUUGAAAUCCAUGUACAGUCUUUUUGUAAUAAACAAUUCAUUGAAAAAAAUA